GCAGAGGGACAGCAUGGGAAAACUCAAACAAUAAACCCAGAAGUACUUCCUAAAACAAAAGUUUGGAAAAAAAUGCAUGAAAAUAAAAAGGUCAAAUAAAAAACAUACAUGUCAUUGUGCUUUUGUACUUUAGUCAUUAUGUUAUUGGGAUAGUUUUCUUUCUGCGUCACAAUUAGUUUGGUCCUAAAAAAGUGGAAGUUUACGUAGUACAGCUGACUAUGGAACUGACUAUGGAAUUCCUUAUCUAAAUCUGUAAAUCAUAAAAUAUUUUCAAAAAUGGAUCCGUAUAAAACAUACUAUAGCAUGAAGGUCCUUUGGGUGAAUCAAAAGGAUAUCUAUUUUCUGACAGCUUUGCAAGACAUCAACGUAAACAUGACGUUUUAAAUUUGCACGCUUUAGCUUAUUACAAGAAUAAAUUAUUUUUUUUAGGUGUAAAUUAUAAUAAAAAUAAUUAUAUAGACUUUGGUCAAAUUCCAACUGGGACCUUUCUGGGUGGAGUUUGCAUGUUACCCAUGUGCAUGUGUAGGUUUUCUCCGGGCACUCCGGCUUCCUCCCUCAGCCCAAAAAUAUGCUUGAUAGGUUAAUUGGUGUCCCUAUAGGUGAGUGUGUGUCGCCCUGCAACACACUAGUGACCAGUGUAAGAAUUACUGUGGAAAGACCUUUAAAAAGCUCAUUUAUGAGUGAAAAUAGAUAGUCUUUAAUAAUCCCUCAGGAUAUUUAAAAAUGGCCAUCUGCUGACAAUCUUAAAACACACACACACAUUUAAAAACAAUAAAAGUUAAUGGUUCAAAAAGUAAUUGAUUUAAAAAAAAUCUAUGGAUUAUAUAGAUUAAAAUUCAAUGGAUUAAAUCAUUUAAAAAUCAGUGGGUUGAAUUAAUCAAAAGCAAUUGCUUCUUAGAUGCUCCGCCAUAGAGUGGUUUUGCCUGAUGGCACAAGGAACAAAAGAUUUCUUUCUAAAGAUUUCUUCAAAUGUAGGUUAAAGUAUUUAGAUACAACAAGACAAAUGUGUCCCCUUUAUGUCUAAGAAACUUUGACAAUAUUUUUAAAACAUUUUUUAUCAAAAUAUUAUGCUAUUUACUUAAAAAUAGAACAUUGAUAUGACUGCAUAUCUUUAACAGUUGUUUAAACAUAGAUCUGUUUUUCCUACUUUAAGCCAUAAGUUAGAGUAUUAUCAUUUCUAAGAACAAUGCAUUAAUAGAGAACAACAACAACAAACAAAAUGUUUGCACAUUUACUAUUAAAAUUUUAGGAACUGGUUUAUUAUCACAGCUAAAACGUGUCUGAACGAUAGCCUCCCGCUCUGGUUUUGUGUGCUGCCUUUUGUUAAACUUUCAUUCAGCGUUCAGCCUCGUCAGCCUUUCUCUAUGUAGCCACUAUGACAAACAAAAGUCCAAAUUAGUCUUUCUGUGGAACAAUAGCAGAGCUGAACAUGAGCAGUCGCACUGCAGAGACAUCGCAUUCGCCGGAAACACAAAAGGAACUUUUUUAAGGAUAUUUGGCUUUUUUUUAAUCCCAACUUUCCCGUCUUUGCAGCCUCUGGCCUGAAGGAUCUACGUCAGAUAUGGAGCCAGUUGCUUAUGGCAACAAUCCUUUAUCUUUCAUCUGCACACAAGAUAGAAAAAUGACGUCAGACUCAAGCUUUGUCUGCUUAUAGCUGAACAUUUGAUGAGCUUUUGUUGGUUUAGCAGUAUCCGGUUUGUGUGUCUGUGUAAAGUUGCAGUUGAAAGUAUAACAUGUGGAAGACCACACAAAACUCUGAUCCAGAGGACACAGAUGAACUGACAGCAAUGGUGUGUCUGGAGUCAGACCUGCAGGAUGGACAAAUGAAGGAAGUUGAAAUUGGACAUCACAGUGUGCUGCUCACACGCCAUGAAGGCAAAUAUAGUGCCCUCGGAAACCAGUGUACGCACUACGGAGCUCCACUCAGCCAAGGGGUUGUUUCAGGAAACAGAGUGCGCUGUCCAUGGCACGGCUCCUGCUUCAACAUCUGCACAGGAGAUCUGGAGGAGUUCCCCGGCAUUGACUCCUUACCUUGCCAUAAGGUCAAAAUUCAAAACAGUAAAGUGUAUGUGACUGUAAACAGAAAGGACCUCAAACAGCAGAAACGAAUACGCAGUAUGGGAGGUGCAGUACCAGGAGUUGCUCACACCAUCCUGCUGCUUGGAGGAGGAAUUGCUUCACUGAUGUGUGCAGAAACGCUCCGGCAAGAAAAGUUUGGUGGUAGAAUCAUCAUGGUCUCCAGAGAUCACCUUUUGCCCUACGACAAAACUCGGCUCAGCAAGGUCAUGAAUGUGGAGAGUGACACCAUUGUUCUGAGGAGGAUGGAGUUUUACCAUCAGUAUGAUAUUGAGGUGUGGCUCAGGAAAGAAGUGCUGUCAGUGGACACAGAUAGGAAGACAGUUGCAUUUGAUGAUGGUUUAGUCCAGAACUAUGACCAGCUCCUCAUUUCCACAGGCUGCAGAGCUAAGGCUCUCGAUGUUCCGGGCACAAAGCUUAGGAACAUAAUGAUGUUGGAGACACCAGAGGACGCCCGGCAGAUCCACGCUGCCUGUAUGGGCAGCAACGUAGUCCUCGUAGGAACUUCAUUUGUUGGGAUGGAAGUUGCGUCAUAUCUGUUGGACAAAGCCUCCAGUAUCACUGUGAUUGGCAGCAGUGAGCUUCCAUACCAGAACACGCUGGGUCGGGAGGUCGGCAGAAUAACAAUGAUGAUGCUGUCAGAGUACAACAUCAAAUUUUACAUGAAUGACAUUGUGACAGAAAUCAAAGGCGUGAACGGCAAGGUGAAGGAAGUUGUGCUUAAAAGUGGAAAAGUUAUCCCAACGGAUGUGCUGAUUGUGGGAAUUGGUAGCAUUCCUAACUCAGCGUUCCUGCAAGGCACUAAAAUACAGAUGAAUCCAAAAAAGCUAGUAAUAGUUGAUAAGUACAUGCGCACAAAUGUCCCAGAUGUGUUCUGUGCAGGUGAUCUGGCCACUUUCCCUUUGGCAAUGGCCAAAAACCAGCUGGUGAACAUCGGACACUGGCAGAUGGCUCAAGCACAAGGAAGAGUGGCAGCUCUGAACAUGCUGGGAAAAGAAACUGAACUCACUUCAGUUCCUUUCUACUGGACCGUCCUACUGGGUAAAACCAUCAGAUAUGCAGGCUAUGGGGAAGGAUACACUGAGCUGGUGAUGAAAGGAAACAUUCAGGAACAUAAAUUCCUCGCUUUGUACCUCAAAAAUGAUGAGGUCAUAGCUGCAGCAGGCCUCAACUUUGAUCCGGCUGUGUCUGCAGUGGCUGAGAGGCUGUCUUCUGGAAAAGUCAUUACCAAGAAGGAAGCUCAAUCGGACGACCUGAGGUGGCUGCAGAUGUCAUGAUUGUCUGCUCAUCUGCAGCACUCCACCUAAAAAGCUAAAAGCUUAACUGAAAGGUUUUGUAAAAAAAAUAUUCACCGAUGGAGAAGAAUCAACCAGUGAGAGAUCUACAUCCAUGUUCUGAUGCAGACUGAAAAACAAUGUGCAGCUCAUGUUAGGGGGGGUCCAUGUUACAACAGAUACCUCAAACAACAAAUCUUUUGAGUUUUUUUUAAUAUGUAUUUGUAAAUAUAUUAGUUUCUUUCAUUGAUUUAUUCCUCAGUCAAGAAACAUCCCAAACAGGAAGCAUCAGUGUGUCCUCUACUGUUAAUAUUAAAUUGGCGUCCCCUUCAACAGGAUGGAAAAACAGAAUCGGCUGCGUCUGUGAACCGGUCAGCAAGUCGAGAAGAGGGAUUAGGGCGGCAGAAAGUGGGGCGGUCAGCACUUUAAAAAGGGGCUGCUGAAACACGCAACAGUGACAAAACCCACCACCAUGGAACAAUAAAACUCUAACAAAUGCACUCAACAAAAAAUGCACACCAGAUGUGCUGUUUUUUUCCCCUUUCUCCCUCAGUCACUCUGGUUUAAAAUGCCAUUAACGCCUAAACAGGCUCAUCACAAACCCUUACUUUCACCUUUGGAGUACACUUUGUAAUCCAACUUUUGCUUCAUCUUAAGUCACAUUUGCUGCCUAGAUGUUUAGUUUAUUUUAUCUAUCAUGAAUAGCAAGGUAACUCAUUGUUUCCCCACGUGUUCACAGGAAGUAUUAUCAGUUACCAAAGAUAAAAAUGCUGAGUACUCUUGUAAACGCUGUAUCAUCAAUCUAAAAAGCAAAGAAAAUUACUACGAAUGUUGAUUUUACUUUUUUCUUUCUGUUCCUUCACAAUAAAGUUUCAAAGCACA